UGUGUAAUCAAUGUCCAGCCAUGCUGAUACCACAAUGUCCUUGUUCCUCCAGGUAAAUACAUUGCAUAGGAUUUCUACAGCUCGAAUUCUUGUAAACCACAUCUUUACCCUUGUAAAGAAGCGAUUUUCGAUCAUAACUUGUAUGCGAACGAAAACCUUUUAAGAUAUCAUGUCCUUUAUGUCACGAUAAUCCCAAUAUCUCUCCCAAGUGUAAGGAUCUGCCAAAUACAGUGUCAAAUAUGCAGAACUUCCUCUGCACCAUGGUGGUCGUUACAACUGUCACCGCCACUACGUGACAAAACUGUACAAACCAUUUAAAUACAACCACCACCACAUGGAAACCUUUUUAUCUCUACUCAUUCCAACGAAUACUGCUAUAUGCUCCCUACCAGUGAAACCUCAACACCGCCCCAUCAACCCGACCUCAUCUUCCCUUUCGAUCUCUUCCCCUGCUUCUACCCGCCCCAUUCACACCACCCUUCUUGCACUCAAUUCCCACAAAAAACCACAUGAAGACCACAUAAAAAAAGACAAAACCAUCACAUCCUCCCCAGCGUCAAGGGCGUGAACGGCGUCAACAGCGUGUAUAGCGUGUACAGCGUCAAUGCCAUGAAAAAAAAAACCUCUGCACACCUGCGACAAGCAUUUUCACUUUUCAGGAAUAGAGGCUUGUAUAGUC